AUGUCGAUAUCUCAUGAGUUUCUUACAGGCAAUGAAUCGGUAGCUGGUCUUUUAUGUUGGGUCGCUAAGGCCUAUGAUAGUGUGAAAAGAGUUAUGAUCUGGGAGACGACGGCAGAAUUCGGGAUACCUCAUAAAAUAAUAAGACUAACCAGAGUUUGUGUAGAAGGGUCCAGAUGCAAAGUAAAAAUUGGGAGCGAUAUGUCUAACGUAUUUAGGGUAAGUACGGGACUGAAGCAGGGUGACGUGCUGUCCCCUACUAUUUUCAAUAUUGCCCUGGAGAAGGUCGAAAGACCAGAUACAUGCACAUCUCUAGAACAGCCAGAGGGAAUGAAUGAAAACAACUUUGAAAAUGUCACGCAGUUCAAGUACCUGGGUUCGAUCAUUACAGCCGAUAAUGACAUCAGCGAGGAAAUAAAAUCUAAAAUCAAAGUAUACAAAACUGUCAUCAGACCUAUCAUCAUGUACGGAUGCGAAUCGUGGACGCUAACGGUACGAAAUGAGGAGCUCAUCCGAAGAUUGGAAAGACGAAUACUGACGAAAAUAUACGGCCCGACAAAGGAUCCACAGACGCAGCAGCACAGAAGUAACACGAAUGCAGAACUGAGAGAGAUAUACGACGAACCAGAUCUGUGCAACAUAAUAAAGGCUCAACGGGUUACAUUGGCAGGACAUGUGCGUAGGCAGCACAAGGAUAGGCUAAUAUGA